UGCCCGCUGCCGGCCAUGCUGGCACGGAGAGCGCUGCGCUGGGCGGCGCGGCGGGGCGGGCAGCGGCCGCCGGUGCGCGGCCUCCGCGUCUCUCCGCGGGCGCGGUCCGCCAUGCCCUCGUGGGUCAUCGACCGGUACGGCCGCAACGAGGUGCUGCGCUUCACCCGGGACAUGGUGUUCCCCGUCAUUCAGUACCCCAACGAGGUCAUUGUUAAGGUGCACGCCGCCAGCUUGAACCCCAUAGACCUUAGCAUGAGAAGUGGUUACGGUGCAACUGCAUUAAAUAUGAAGCGGGAUCCCCUGAAAAUCAAGAGCUUGGACACUGAAUUCCCACUAACGCUUGGUCGAGAUGUCUCAGGUGUUAUCAUGGAAUGCGGACUAAGUGUGUCUUAUUUCAAACCUGGAGAUGAGGUAUGGGGAGCAAUUCCUCCGUGGAAACAAGGCACUCUGUCAGAGUUUGUGGUAGCUAGUGCAAAUGAGGUAUCUUUUAAGCCAAAAUGUCUCAGUCACGUAGAAGCUGCCUCCUUACCGUAUGUAGGUCUCACAGCGUGGUCUGCAAUUAACAAAGUUGGAGGACUGAACCAAAGUAAUUGCAGCGGUAAAAGAGUGUUAAUAUUAGGAGCUUCUGGAGGAGUUGGCACAUUUGCUGUACAGCUAGUGAAGGCCUGGGGUGCUCAUGUGACAGCAGUUUGUUCCCACGAUGCUAGUGCACUGAUGAAAAAGCUUGGAGCAGAUGAUGUGAUUGAUUACAAAUCUGGAAAUUUGGAGCAACAGCUUAAAGCCUUACCCUCAUUUGAUUUCAUCCUCGAUAAUGUCGGUGGAUCCACUGAGAAGUGGGCACUAGAUCUCCUGAAGAAAUGGUCAGGAGCAACAUACGUUACUUUAGUGACACCUUUCUUGAUCAACAUGGACAAACUUGGAGUUGCUGAUGGCAUGUUGCAAACAGGAGUCACGAUAGGCUCCAAAACUGUGAAGCAUCUCUUGAAAGGAGUCCAUUAUCGGUGGGCCUUCUUUAUGCCAAGUGGACCAAGCUUGGAUGAAAUUGCACAACUAGUUGACUCAGGAAAGUGCUUUUGCUUGCCAGGUUGGUCGGCUAGAGCCCAGAAAUAUUAAUCAAGGAGGGGAUGCCAAAGACUAAUCAGUCCUUCCAUCUCUUCAAGAAGGGACCUCUAUCUGCAUUUAAUUAUGGCCAACAAAAACGUAGUGAUUUUUAUUAAAAGGCAUCUGCACCUCUUCCUACAAGCGAUAAGGCUCUUUAUGAAAGCUCUGGGGUUGUGUCAUUAAAAUGUCUGAAGAAGAUUGAAGGAAAUCUUGGGAAAUGGAGAAAUAGCAUUUGAGCAUGACAGCUCACGUCAACCAUAAUGAGGUCUGGAAAACUUUCAGCAGAUAUCUGGUAUUUAAUCAAAUGUGCUGCUGUCUGAGCCUGAUAUGAUUGCACAUUCUGUAGCGAGUUACUACUGGUCUCCUAGCAUAGCCAGGAACCACAUCCAGCUCAACAGUGAACUGUGGGAUCAAGAAGACAGCUCUUGCCUGUUGUGAGCUGAGUUUGCUGAGACAGAAGAUGAUGCAGGUCAGACAAAGAUAUUUUCAUACUAUUUGUAGAAUAUGUAAUAUGCUUUCAGAGGUUUUGUACAACUGUAGUAAAGUCUGUUCUGUCUUGUUGA